GAUGGUGAAAAUCAAUUAUAUAUUCCAAUCUUCACAUUGCUGAAAACAAUAUUAUUUAAAAAAAUACAUUAUUUGUAAAUAUAAUUAGUAGAAUAAUAAAUUGUCUUACUUCUUUGCCCUUUCCUAUUAAACAGGUAAUUAGAUUUUGUGAAUAUUCACAUUUUUCCAUUCUAUUCGCAGAAUUAAGAAAAUAGAAACAUUUUAUAAUGGAUUCUUCUAUAAAGUCACGUAAUUCUGGAUCCUGGAUUUUUUCUGUCAUUACUCGUAUCAUAGAUUCUCGUAUUGGAAAGCCUCUUUGAUCAACCUUAAUAAAUAAUUUAAAUCAGUUGUAGAACAUAUAAUCUCGGUAUUAAUAUUAAUUAAUACUUACGACAUUUAAUUCGUUGAAAAAACAUUGAAUAACACACUAUAAUAUUAGAUAAAAUAAAAAAUUAAUAUAUAAUAUUAGUAUACUAUAGUGAGAUAACUAUGUCAUAAAAAAAAUUAUUAAUAUUAUUUUUCUUUAUGUCCUACAGAGUCAUUUUGUUUUUGGUUGUGAUUCUCUUGAUAAUUGUGAUUACUUCCAGCAUUUUUCAUAUUUUCCCAGUUAGAAUUUGUCAUUCCCCAAUUAUUUGUAUCAUAGUAACCUUCUACAUUUUUCAAUCUAUCAUUGGCAUUAUUAGAACCAAAAGACAGUGGACUAUCAUUUCUUGUAGAUUGACCAGCUCUAUUGUUUCUGAUAAAAGAAAAACAAUAUAAUUUUAAAAUGAUUCAUAUAGACAGUAUUCAUUUUUGAAUUCAUUACCUAUUAUUUUGCUCAUUUAAAAAAUUAUUAGUAUAAUAUCUACUAUUAUUUUUUACAAGAAACUUGUUAUCAAAACUAUUUUCAUUUGAGUCAGAAGAAUCUUCUGAUUCAUUAUUUUCAUUUGAAGAAGAAUCAGUAUCAUAAUUAUUAUGUCCUAAAUUUCGUUUUUUACAAUUUUUUAAGAUUUUUUCAAAUCGAUUAGUUUGUUGAUUAAUUGCCUGACAUCUUAGUGCCUACAAAAUAUAAAAUAAAAUAGAAUCGAAAUUAAUUUUUUUAAAUAUUGAAAUUAAUUUUUUUUUCAAUUUUUAUAAAUAUUUCUAUAUUAGAAGUUUGUAAAAAAUUAUUAACUUACUACACAAAGAUGAAGACAUGAUAUCAAAAUAAGAACAAAUAGAACUGUAAAAUAAGACUUCAUUUUGCCAUCUACUGAUUAAAGUGCCUUUGUGACCCAUAAUAUAUAUUCUAAUCUAUAAAACUCCUUACAUAAACAGUCAGUUUCAAUUAUAAUGUUAUUUGAACUUAUAUGAAAGAUUAAUGAGAUUGUUUCUAUUUUAAUUGACAUUUCCUUAUCCUAUCUAGUAAUAUACAAUACUACGGAGAUAUGGCUCAUUUAAUUCUUCCUGUUAUGAAGUCUAUUUGCUACUAAUAUCAAUAAAUAUGUAAUUGCCACUAAAUAAAAUACAUGUAUUUUAUAAAUAUUAUUAUAUAUAAUACUUGUAGUUGAUUAUUAUUAUAUUUAAUAUUAUUAUAUUUAAUACUUUUAUAAUGGAUCUUAUGUAAGUUAAAAAUGAAAAUAUUGGAAUAGGAAUUGAAAUAAUAUUAUACUUUUUAAGAUAAUGAUUACAUAAAGUAAGGAAUGUUAAUAUGUUUGUAUGCUUGCAGGAAUACUUGGUGGGGAUAUUGGAAAGUUCCAGGUUUAUCUAAAUAUGCUUCAUAGAAUAAAGAGUUGCAGUUCAGUUUGUGCUUUCUUUUGAGAAACAAUGUGCAGCAUAAUAUGGAUUUUGAUUGGAAUUGUUUUAAUUUGUUCAUUUCCUUCACAAAUACACAGCAGUAUUUAUGAUGAUAAAAUUAACUUACAAAUAAAAGAUAAUUUACAAAAUAUAGCAAAGAAGCAUUCAAAUGAUAUUAAAACUGUGAAAGUAUCAAAACUUAAAUAUAUAUUAAGAAAUACAACAAAUAAAUGUGGACUUGAAAAGACAUGCAGUAACGUAGAAAAAAAUCUUAAAAACAAUUCUGAUAAUUAUAAUAAUAAAAAAAUAAUAAUAAAUUUAGUUUCACCAUUAACAACAAGUAAAGAUUAUUAUACUUAUUUUAAUAGAAGAAAAAAAGAACUAAAACAUAAAAGUGUACAAGAAGAUAUGAAUCAACAUAAUGUACAAAAUUAUAAAUAUGAAAAACAGAACACAUCUAUAAAUCAUACAAAUCCUACAAUUGAAAGUAAUCAUCUAUCUUACAUACGCGACCACGCGCCAGACGUAACAAAGAAAGCUUCACAAAAUCAAAUUGGAUAUAAUAAAAACUACAAGAAAAAGUCUUCUACAAACGUAUCGCAAAUUUCACCUGAUGGAGAUAGAGUAGAAUUUCAAAUACAGGGCCAUGAAGGUCCAAAAACAUACAUCUUUGGGUUUGAUACUGGAGUUGGAAAAAACAGACAAUACAGACUAGAGGAACGUUUCAAUGAUGGUACAGUAAAAGGCCAUUAUGGUUAUUAUGAUGCUAGAGGAAAAUUACGAACUGUUAAAUAUAUUGCUAAACCUAUCGAAGGUUAUCAAGAGAAGCAUCAUGAAACAACUAUUCAUGGAGUUGAACAUUGAAUAUCACUUACUAACAACGUGAGGUUAAAACGUUUAUUAACAAUAACAAUUAGUGUAUACAAAAAAAAAUUAACACAAAAAGAUAUAAAUCUUGCCAAGAUAGAUACAUAUGAAUAUAUUAAUAAUUCUAAUCUAUAUCGAACAUAUUUAAGAUUCAUUGCAAAAAAACAUAAGAUUAUAUUUUAUAAGCCCCUUUUAUGUAUUGAUCUUUAACAUGUUCACUGAUGAUUUAUAAAAUAAUAAUUUUUGACACUUUUGUAAUAUAUAUAUUAAUGGUCUAUGUAUAGUAAAACUAGACUUUAUUUUAUCUUUUUUACAUCAGCAGCCCCAUAAGAUGAACUGUUACUUAUCUCAGACAUUUGAAUUGUUUUGUACAUUAGCAGAUAAACUAAAACAAAAAUAAAAUAAAAAUUAAUUAUAAAACAGGUAA